GUGAGAAGAGGACAAGAUGGCCGCCUCCUUGCGGCUGAGCUGCAGCGGCCGUGGAGCCGCGAAGCUGCUGCUCGGCAGGCAUGUAGCGCUGGGGGCUCCCGCUUGCCGGCCUCCCACGGCUGCCUGGAGGUUCCUGCACCUCACCCGGGAGCGCCUGGGUACCCCUGCAGUUAAAAUCCUCAUGCCUGCGCUAUCACCUACAAUGGAAGAAGGAAACAUAGUGAAAUGGCUGAAAAAAGAAGGAGAAACAGUGACUGUUGGAGAUGCAUUGUGUGAAAUUGAAACAGAUAAAGCAGUGGUUACCAUGGAGUCAAGUGAUGAUGGCAUAUUGGCUAAAAUAAUGAAGGAAGAAGGAAGCAGAAAUGUGCGUUUGGGUCAACUAAUCGCCUUGCUAGUAGAUGAAGGACAAGACUGGAAGCAAGUUGAAAUACCAAGUGAAACAAUCAUUGCUGUGCCAGCAGCAGCAGCAGCCGCCCCACCUCCCCCUCCUUCUGUAACAUUGGCCCAUAAAGUGCAACACCAUCCUGGAAAGCUACAGUUUCGGUUAAGUCCUGCUGCUCGCAACAUUCUGGAGACACAUGGACUUGAUGCAAGCGGUUGCACGCCUUCAGGUCCUCGAAACAUCUUCACUAAAGAGGAUGCCCUCAAGCUUUUAGAGCAGAAGCAGAAAGGGAAACCUGUAGCAGCAAAGCCAGUGGUUUCUUUACUCGCUGCACAACAACCCGGAGUGCCUUCAGCAACAACACAUCUUCCUGCUUCUCGUCCUCUGGCUCCACCUGUUUCUGUGCCAGGUCGACCUGCUUCCAUGGGCACAUUCACUGAAGUCCCUGCUAGCAAUAUUAGAAGAGUUAUUGCUCAGAGGCUAACAGAAUCUAAAACCACCAUACCUCAUGCAUAUGCAACUGCUGAUUGUGACCUUGGUGCUGUUAUGAAGCUAAGGCAAGAGCUGGCAAGAGAUGAUAUUAAAGUGUCAGUGAAUGACUUUAUUAUCAAAGCAACAGCAGUUACCCUGAAACAAAUGCCAGAUGUGAAUGUGACCUGGGAUGGAGAGGGCCCCCGGCAGCAGCAAUCUAUAGACAUCUCUAUCGCUGUGGCAACAGACCGAGGUCUCAUUACACCAAUCAUAAAAGAUGCUGCAGCCAAGGGAGUUCGGGAAAUUGCAGCUUCUGCAAAGGCUCUAGCAAAGAAAGCAAGAGAUGGAAAAUUGCUACCAGAAGAAUACCAAGGAGGAUCUUUUAGGAUUGGGCAGAUUUCAGCUUCCAAAAGAACGUUCAAAAACCGGAACACUCACUUCCAGGAUUCGAUCGUUCGAGAGCCGAAAUGUAUGAGUACCAAGGCAUUUGACAACCAAGACUCUCCAUAUGCCCCUAUUUUACAGGGGCGGUCCGGGAUUUACAGAAGCCAUCCCAGUUUCUGAUUUGAUCCCAGAAUGUCCUGCUUUUCCUUAGGAUGUCUCUAUUUUCAUUGGAGAAAUGUUGGAGGGUAUGGAGUUAUGCGACCUCGGAGCCAAGGAGAUAAGUAACUAUACAACCUUUAGAAGAUAUCUGAAAGCAACUCUGUAUAGGGAAGUUUUUUUAAUGUUUAAUGAUUUAUUGUGUUUUUAUAUAUGUUGGAAGUCGCCCAGAGUGGCUGGGGCAACCUGGACAGGGUAAUAAAAAUAAUAAUACCGGUAGCAGCAGCAGCAACAACAACAACAACAACAAUCUAUAG